AUGAAGACAGCAGCUGUCGUUGUGUUCCUCGCUCUGGGGCUCUUCUUCAGCUUUCAGGAUGCUACUGGUCAGGAUGGUAAGCCACAGGGUUUCUGCAGUGAGUACAAGAAGCCACCUUCUGUCUGCACCAAGGACUUACACCCGAUCUGUGGCACUGAUAACAAAACAUACAGCAACAAAUGCUUCUUUUGCAAAGCAGUCUGGGAAAACCUUGGAAGUCUUUGCUUUAAGCAAGAAGGAAAAUGCUGA